GCCAAACAUUCCAAGACUGUCACUCAACAUAUAAAAGGGUUACUGGUCGUUACCUUCAGCAUUAGACAUCACGGCAACAAAGAUGGCUUUUGCUCUUCGCUCGUUGUUCCUCCUUUGCGGGAUCAGUGGACUGCUGACUGGAGUCUGGUCUAAGCCUACCAGUGUGAAAGUACAAAACAGCUGUCCUAAAGGCUGGACUCAGUUGGACUGCCACUGUUACCAAUACCAAGAUGAGGAAAGAACCUUUGCAGAUGCAGAGAGCGUCUGCAACAUUCUUGGUGGGAAUCUGGUGUCCAUCCACAGUGACCUGGAAAACGCAUUCAUUCUGGAACUCAUUCGGCAGGGUGGGAAUGAUGACGAGGCCUGGAUUGGAUACCAUGAUGCAGUUGAGGAAGAUGACUUUCUAUGGACUGACGGCUCCGAUCAGGAUUACACUAACUUUGAUGUAUCUGGAACCGAGCCUGAUGGCACUGGCGACUGUGUACACAUGGAUGAAAGUGCUGGCCUUUGGGAGGAUAGCGUCUGCUCAGACGAGGUCGCAUAUGUUUGCAUCCAAGAUGUGAUCGAUGUCAAACACUAAUUGUGUUUGUAUGUGCUUCAUCAGUCAUGCUGACUCAAUAAAGCAAUAUCAAAGUUUA